GAUUGUGUAGUUCUGAUGGAGCCCCCUUUGAGCAAGAGGAACCCGCCAGAGCUGAGAUUAGCGGAUUUGGCAACGGCUCAUGCCCAGCCGCCUCAGAAUAUGACAGGCUUCCCGGCGCUGGCCAGCCCGCCCGCCCACUCCCAACUCCGCGCUGCUACCGCGCACCUCCACCCGCGGGACCUGGGUACUGACCCCGGCGUGGCCGUCACUGCGCUUGGACCCGAGCACAUGGCCCAGGCGAGCGCUCAGAGCCUCAGCCCUCCUUCCCAGGUGCUCCCGGCGCAGUCCGAGGCUCCAGCGGCUGCUGCCCGCACUGUGGCCGUAGUCGCGCAACCAGGCUCCGGCACCUACCCCGGCGGCGGGGGCAGCAGUGGCGCGCAGUCCUCCGCGCCCCCGCCCCCAGCCCCUCCUCUUCCUCCCUCCCCUUCACCCCCUCCUCCUUCCCCUCCCCCGCCUCCUCCUUCUGCCCUCUCGGGCUACACCACCACCAACAGUGGCGGCGGCGGCAGCAGCGGCAAAGGCCACAGCAGGGACUUCGUCCUCCGGAGGGACCUUUCCGCCACGGCCCCCGCGGCGGCCAUGCACGGGGCCCCGCUCGGAGGGGAGCAGAGGUCCGGCACCAGCUCCCCCCAGCACCCGGCCCCGCCUCCCCACUCGGCCAGCAUGUUCAUCUCUGCCAGCGGCACCUACGCGGGCCCGGACAGCGGCGGUGGCCCGGCGCUCUUCCCCGCGCUGCACGACACUCCAGGGGCUCCCGGCGGUCACCCGCACCCGCUCAACGGCCAAAUGCGUCUGGGGCUGGCGGCGGCGGCAGCAGCCGCGGCUGCUGAGCUGUAUGGCCGAGCAGAGCCGCCCUUCGCUCCACGCUCUGGGGACGCGCACUACGGGGCGGUGGCUGCCGCUGCGGCCGCCGCCCUGCACGGCUAUGGAGCCGUGAACUUAAACCUGAACCUGGCUGCAGCGGCGGCCGCAGCGGCAGCGGGGCCUGGGCCCCACCUGCAGCACCACGCGCCGCCUCCGGCGCCGCCGCCGCCGCCGGCGCCCGCGCAGCACCCGCACCAGCACCACCCCCACCUCCCAGGGGCAGCCGGGGCCUUCCUGCGCUACAUGCGGCAGCCAAUCAAGCAGGAGCUCAUCUGCAAGUGGAUCGACCCCGACGAGCUGGCCGGGCCGCCACCGCCACCGCCCCCGGCCGGCGGCGCCAAGCCCUGCUCCAAAACUUUCGGCACCAUGCACGAGCUGGUGAACCACGUCACGGUGGAGCACGUGGGCGGCCCGGAGCAAAGCAGCCACGUCUGCUUCUGGGAGGACUGUCCACGCGAAGGCAAGCCCUUCAAGGCCAAAUACAAGCUCAUCAACCACAUCCGCGUGCACACUGGCGAGAAGCCCUUCCCCUGCCCCUUCCCGGGCUGCGGCAAGGUCUUUGCACGCUCUGAAAACCUCAAGAUCCACAAGCGCACUCAUACAGGGGAAAAGCCUUUCAAAUGUGAAUUCGAUGGUUGUGAUAGGAAGUUUGCCAAUAGCAGUGAUCGAAAGAAACAUUCCCAUGUCCAUACCAGUGACAAGCCCUACUACUGCAAGAUCCGAGGCUGUGACAAAUCCUACACUCACCCGAGUUCUCUGAGGAAGCACAUGAAGAUUCACUGCAAGUCCCCCCCACCUUCUCCAGGAGCCCUUGGUUACUCAUCAGUGGGGACUCCGGUGGGUGCCCCCUUGUCCCCUGUGCUGGACCCAGCCAGGAGUCGCUCUAGCACUCUGUCCCCUCAGGUGACCAACCUCAAUGAGUGGUACGUUUGCCAGGCCAGUGGGGCCCCCAGCCACCUCCACACACCUUCCAGCAACGGAACCACCUCUGAGUCUGAAGAUGAGGAAAUGUAUGGGAACCCUGAAGUUGUGCGGACGAUACAUUAGAAUUUAUCAUUAUUAAUAAGUGGGAGUCCUUGGACCAUAUCCUAACCUGAGACAAUGCCGAGCCUGAGACAAACGUGUGACUCAGACUUGCUACUGGUCUAAUUAGCCCUAUUUAUUCAGUAUGAAACCCUAUGGUGUUUGUACAUUUAAUUAAUUUAAUUAAGAUAUUUGGGCUUUUUUUUUUUUUUUUUCUCUCAAAAAAGCAAACAAAAAACAACCAAGCUGGACUUGUACAUUGCAGGGAGACAGGGCUGAGGGCGAAUUGUACCAAGGAAAAUGAAUGGAGACAUUAACCGAGAAACACACUGCCGAUACAUAUAUAUGUGUGUGCAUACAUGUGUAUAUAUAUCACACACAUAUAUGCAUGUGUGUGUAUAUAUUUAAAGGGGGGAGAAGAUGAGCAUUAAGUCAGAACUUCACACAGCAACCAGGCCCUCUGCGUUUCCCGGAGUGCCUCUUGAAUGCCUUUGACACCGUAACGCAGGCUGCUUUUGAGCCUCCUUGUCAAGCCCCAAUUCUGCAAAGGCCUCUUGAUUGUAAACCACACACUUGCUGCAUCGCCAACAGAUCUUGGACUGUGCCUGUGUCCAAAAGUAUUUGUAAAAGCCCUUUAAGUUCUAAUAUUUAUAAUUUUUAAUUUUCAUGCUUUUAUUACUGAUCUCAUCUUAACAUGAUAUUUUUAUACAGGAUUAUUUCUUCAGAACCCUUCCUUGUGUGAUUAAAAAAAAAAAAGUGCAGCAACCUUAAUCUAUCUCCAUGUAUUGUGCUACUGUGAUUGUUCAAGCAAAAGUGGAGAGAAGAAAAGCUGCUGCAAAAGAGACAACUGUGAAACUGUGAUCUUUUAUAAAAUAGAAGAAAUUCAAGUGCUUUCUUUUUCCUCUCUGGAGUUUUUUUGUUUUGUUUUGUUUUGUUUUGUUUUUGUUUUGUUUUGUUUUUUUAAAAUCUGAAAUCUCAGAUGCUGCCUUCUUACUGUGUCCAAACUUCUUGUGUAAUAAAGAGAUUGUUUUUGAGCAUAAAUUCUUUGGGAUGCCAACAUUGACAGUCAAGUCUGAGGAGGUGUGAUGCCCUUUUUUUUUUUUUAUUGAAAGCUGUUUUUGAAAUGGGCCAACUCCUCUUUUAUACUAUUGUGUCAACCUUUAAAAAAAAAAAAGUCUCUAUUUUUUACUGCCUAAAUGCAGUUGAGUGCAUUUUCUUCCACCUGAGUACUGAGCACCCAAACUCUCUUCUUGAAAAUGAUAAUGUGAAAUACAUGACUUACAUUGAAAGAGGGGAGGGAGUUGCUAUACAUAUUAAAAUUUUUAAAAGGUUUAUAGUUACCACCAAACAUUGAUGAAUGUGUGACCUUUGCCAGAGCUGUCAAGCUAGGAUAAAAAAGGUCAAGGACCUAGGACAAUAACUCUUAGUCAAUUUAUUUUCGGUUGGUACAACACAUCUCCUGUGCAAAAUGUAGUCCAUCAGAAACAUCAUACAAAUAUACUAAAGAGCACUAAUUUAUCCUCAGAGACCCUGAAGACACCCCCUCCCCAGGGUUUGUAGAAAUUUGUGUGCUGUGAGUGGUUGAUGUAGUCUUGUCAUUGUUAAUAACUUGUAUGUGAACACUUUUAUUUGUACAGUUGAAUUAAUUUAUUUUCAGACAUUGUUUCCCCCCUUCCCUCCCACUCCCCGGAAGAGUUCAAAGCACACCAAAGAAUUAUAUUAUACAUUUUGGUGAAAGAUUAUCAUUUAUGAUUCAUGGUUUAUUUAAAAAAAGGAAAGGAAAUGGAAAAAUAUAUUUUUGAGCUUACUUGAAUGAACAACGUAAUGUGAAAACCAAGACUCUUCCUGCAUGUCUUUUUUGCAUUGUGUUGAUGAGAUUAUAUAUAGUUUAUAGAUAUAUUACUAGUACAGUGCAUGGUGCUGUCACUUGGAAAGCCUUUCAAUGUUGUCCUCAGAUUGUUACAGUAAUUAUGAAUCAUGCAGACCCUCCUUUAUAAAGAAAAAGACCAUAAAACUUGAAUAUAAAAUAAUUCUACAUUUUAAAAGUUUAUUUGAUUUUCAUAUUAAUCACUUUCAAAGUCCUUUCAAAUAGAAAAAUAAGGUAUGAAUUUUGGGGGGAUAAUUUAUGUAUUGUAAAAUUAUUAGGACAAAAUAUUCCUGAUGUAUAAUGAGUUGUUUUAUUUAUACAACUUUUUCAAUGGUAGUUUGCACUAUUCUUUAUUAUGCUACAGGUUUAUUUAUUAUGAAACAAAGGAAUAUGUAUUUUAUGUAUUUUGUCAUGCAUAGGUUAACUCUGCCACAGAUUUAUUGGUUCCUGAUACACCUAAAAAAAAGCUUAAAAUGUGUACCUCCAAUAGAAAGAAAGCAAGAAUGACUAUGAAGUAAGAAAUGUAA